AUGGAGGCAGGAAACCUCACCCAGUUCUCCGAGUUCCUCCUCCUGGGCCUCUCCGAGGACCCCCAGGAGCAGCAGCUGCUCUUCAUUCUCUUCCUGGUUAUGUACCUGGUCACGGGGCUGGGCAACCUGCUUAUUGUCUUGGCCAUUGUCACUGACGCCCGGCUCCACACCCCCAUGUACUUCUUCCUGGCCAACCUGGCCUCUGUGGACAUCUGCUUCACCACCACUACUAUCCCCAAGAUGCUGGUCAACCAUGUCACAGGGCACAGGGGGAUCCCGUACGCCGGCUGCCUCACCCAGACGUUCUUCUUCAUCUUGUUUGCUGAUAUCGACAGUUUGCUGCUGACUGCUAUGGCCUAUGACCGCUACGAGGCCAUCUGCCACCCCCUGCACUAUGCCACGUCUGUUACCCCACAGCUCUGCAGCCUGCUGGUGGGGGCGUCCUGGGCUGCUGCAUUUGUGAACGCCUUGACCCACACAGCAUUACUGACCCGCCUCUCGUUCUGCACCCACAACAGGGUCCCUCACUUCUUCUGCGACCUCAGCCCCCUGCUCAAGCUGGCCUGCUCCGACGCCUUCAUCAACAAUGUGAUGGUGUACACUGUGGGCAGUUUGUUUGUCUUCACACCCUUCAUGGGCAUCUUGAUUUCCUACACUUGCAUCUUUGCAGCUGUGCUGAGGAUCCCGUCCAAGUCAGGCCGGCAGAAGGCUUUCUCCACCUGCGGCUCCCACCUCUCUGUGGUCACUAUGUUCUACGGGACACUCAUUGGGGUGUAUUUUAGUCCCACGUCCUCCCACACGGCUCAGAAGGACACAGUGGCUGCGGUGAUGUACACCGUGGUCACCCCCAUGAUGAACCCCUUCAUCUACAGCCUCCGGAACAAGGACAUGAAGGGUGCCCUGGCGGCCCUGGUCAGCAGGAGGCCACUUUGA